GAGCGACGUGGCACCAGACGUAGAAUCGACCGCGUAGAAGGUUCCAGCAGCUCAGGAAGCUUAAACAGUCAAGCCACCUUAAGGAAAUGGCGUGUAAUCUCUCUCUCAGUUCUCUUUCUCACUGGAAGUGAUAUCGACUUAUACUGAGCAUUCCCGAUAAGCUUGAUUUCGUUCAGAUCAUUCGCGGAAAAUGGUAUCACGAGCGGUUCAAAACUCCAAAAUUCUUAUCCUUGUCCCAGCUAUUUUGUUUUUCCUUUGCUACUUUUUAGGUUGGUCUGGCUCUGUUGUGCGGAGGAACCAAAGGUCUUCUGAUCUCAUUGCACAACUUCUGGCAUUGCUCAAGGAUUGUAAUGAAGCUGAGUUUUUACCCGGUCGAUGUGACACUGCAGCCAUUGCCGCUCUGAUUCGACAACUAGCUCAAGAUAUUAGGGAGCUGACCUCAUCCAAUCCUGUAACUAUCUUCAAUGGCAACUCUUCCUCUAAUGGGAGUUAUGCAUCUUACCUAUUACCAGCUGCUGCAAUAGGAGUUAUGGGUUAUUGCUACAUGUGGUGGAAGCGUAAAAUGGCCAAUGCUGUUGCAACCGUGACAAAGCAAUUGGAGAAUGUACAUGAAACAUUAGCUUCAACUAGAAAGCAUCUAACAGAGAAACUAGAAGUUUUGGACCUGAAAAUUGAGGAGUACAAUGAGUUAACCCAGCUUAUUGCAAAUGAUGUGAAUGAAGUGAAGUCAAACCUUUCGCAAAUUGGGGGUGAUUUUGGACGCAUCCAUGAAAUGAUUUCCGGCCUGGAAGGAAAGCUCAAGCUUGUUGAAAGCAAACAGGACAUAACUAACUCAGGUCUCUGGUAUCUGUGCCGGUUAGCUGAUCAGUUUACAGGGCAGCCAAGCAGUAGACUAUUCAAGGAAGUCAGCACGGAACUUGCAGACCAUUCAACAAAGGCUCUUGUGGGUGAAUCUUCGCUUAAGGGGCUGCAAUUCAUUACUGAAACGACAGAAACAGUCGAGAAAUCCGUCUCGGACACAAAGAAAGGUGGUAUCAGUUUUGCCAAUGAAAAAGGCCCCAUCUCGAGAACAAGAGUACGCAGAUCAUUUCCGGUUAACAUUUCUCUGGGCGAGGACAUCAUGGGUUAGGUGUGAGAUUAACCCUUUGUUUCAACCAUGAUUGAUUGGCUGGCUCGUUGCCUGCUUGGUUCUGCAGGACUGAAAUUCGUGAGAACUUCUUCCCAUGGGAAACAUAAAGUUAUCUCAAUUCUUUAAAGGGUCAUUUACAAUUUUAUAGGUACAAAAUGACGGGAAACAAACUCAGUAUUAAUCAAACAAGACAAUGCACCGGCGGUUUUAUUUUAUUUAUUUGAUGAUAAAGGAAACAGAGAGGUUGGAGGAAAAAAAUGAAAGGGUCAAAAUCCCAUGUCCACGUAAAAGUAACAGUUCCAUUGAUUCUAGGAUCUCUCUUGUAUAUAUGACUUGAAAACAGCUCGUUUGGUUCGUGGAAUCAAUGAGAAUGUAAUAGAAUAGAUUGUAAUGUAAUAGUGAUUAGGAUAAGCUUG